AUGCAGCCCGAGUUUUUCAACAACCCCGCAUCGAGCAAGGUGAACGUGGCGCGAGCGGCAAUCGCGGAGGUCCCAGGCCUGCAGGAGUGCCUUGUGUGCUGCAUGCGACUGCUCACUGAAUGUGCAGAGAUGCGCGAUCCGUCACUGGAUGAUACAGACAGUGUCACAGACUGGGACGUGGCCAUCCACGUUAUAAUCACCUUCUUUAAUCUCACGAUGGAUCGCUUCUACUCCCUGUUCGACGCGGCACAAGCCAGAGCGGACGCUGAACUUCUGGACACGAUGGUUGAGAUCUGGCAGGUUCAGAAGCCGGUGUUUGAUGGCAGCAUGCAGGCUGAGGAUGGCCCGGGCGAGCUCAGCUUGGAAGGCCGCCCUCGCCACGACAACGACCACAUCGAAAUCUCAGCUAUCUCUGUGGCUCCAACGAUGGACGAGGUGCUCUGCGACGCCGCGCCCUACCUGCCGCACAACCACCCAAGCGAGCCGCACCGGCUGCCUGCUGGCUCAGUGGGGCGCCACGUGGACAUUCAAUUCCGCCUGCUGCGCCACGACCUCGUCGCCCCCCUCUGGAGCAAGGCGCUCUUCCUCUUCCACCGCCUCACCCACGAGUCUUCCCGCGGUGCGAGCAGCAGCAGGAGCAGCAACAGAGCUGGCAUUGGUGGCGACAGGGAGGAGGCAAUGGGGCUUCUGAGGGCGGAUAGGGAUUUGACGAGGGGCCUGACGGAUGCGAUGAAGGGCGUGGUGGGGUUGUCCUCGGACGACAUGGACGUGUAUCUGCUAAGGGAUGUGCACGUGCUCUCCAUCCAGGCGGACCGGCGCAGCGGCGUCUACUUUCUCAUUGACUUCCUCGAGCCGCCCAUGCCACGCAGCCGGCAAACUCGUGACAGGGUUGAGUUCUGGGAGAACACGCGGAGGCUGCAGAACGGCGCCCUGGUGUGGAUCCGAGACAUGCAGCCAAGCCCCACUCACCUCCACACCCACACUCAACGCACUCACAUGCAGCAACUACUAUUGCAGCAGCAGCAGCUGCGAGUGCCACUUCAGUCACCCCAUGCAAGAGACACGCCAGCAGCAAGUGACGCUUCCUCCCACCGCCUCAUCUUCGCCACCAUCACAGCUCGAGACACAAAGAAGCUCGCUGCUGCCCAGCCGCAGAUUGGCGUGCAACCAUGCGGGGGGAACGGGUUCAGUGCGGACCUGCUGGGGCUGAUCGCUCAGGGCAGCAGUCAGGCCACGCAGGUGGUGAUGCUGGAGGCGCAUGGCAGCUUCUUCGCGUAUGAGCCCAUUCUGAAGGCGCUGCAGGGCAUUUCUGAGGCGUCGCUGCCCUUCGCCGAGUACAUCUGUGGGGUCCCUGACGGGGCACCCUGGAGGGGGCCUGGGAGGGCCCCUGGAGCGUGCAAGCUGCCUGCAUACAUCCGAGGGGACAUUGAUAGAAUUGGAACUUAA